CAAAAAACGAGUCAUUAAUUUAAGAGCAAACACAGAAAAGAUGUGAAAAAAGUAAAAUUGUUUAUGAGUUGAAUUCAUUCCGGUUUUGUGAACAACAUCGAACAACGCUUCUUUGCUACACUUGGCCAUUGUGUGUGAAAUUUUGUUUCAAGUGGGGCUUACUUACUUCAAUUCUCAGUGGCUGGCUGGCUCUUGUGGUUGGCUAGCAUCCGCGACUUGUUUUUGUUGUUAUCAAAGUGAAGACGAGGAAGAGGGAGCUUGGUGCCUAACAAUUUCAGCAAAAACCCAGAUUCCGAUACGAUGCCGUACAACAUGACCUGGCAACACAUCUGCACAGGAAACAGGUUGUUCUUUGUACUUUUAGUGGUUUCCUCUGUUGGUAUAAUUAUGGAGACUAUGGCAAAAACCGGACCUACGCAUGGCAAAGUGGUGGUGUGUUACAUAUCAACUUGGGCAGUUUAUCGGCCAGGACAUGGUGCUUAUUCCAUAGACAAUUUCGAUGCCAGUCUAUGUACACAUGCGGUUUAUGCUUUUGCGGGAUUGGAUCCUGAUCAAUCUGCCAUCAAGUCAUUGGAUCCUUGGCAGGACCUCAAAGAAGAUUAUGGAAAAGCCGGCUACGAACGCUUGACUGGUCUCAAACGCACCCAUCCCCAUUUAAAGGUCAGUUUGGCCAUUGGUGGCUGGAAUGAGGGUUCCAAGAAUUACUCGAGAUUGGCUGCUGAUCCAAUUGCCCGGGGGAAGUUUGUUAAACAAGUCACUUCUUUUAUUAGAAAGUACAAUUUCGAUGGUCUCGACUUGGAUUGGGAGUACCCCACACAACGUGAUGGCAAUCCGAUUCUUGAUCGCGAGAACUUUGUUCUGCUUUGCAAGGAACUGCGCGAACAAUUCAAUCCUCACAAUUUGUUACUGACAUCGGCCAUAGGGGCUGCCAAGAAUGUUAUCGACAUGGCCUACGAUGUGCGACAGAUAUCGAGAUAUUUGGACUUUCUACAUAUCAUGUGUUAUGAUUACCAUGGAAGUUGGGAUCGUAAAAUUGGCUAUAAUGCCCCAUUAACCGCCCCAAAUGGAGAUGUCCUGAGUGUGCAAUAUACCAUAGAUUAUCUAUUGAAAUUGGGGGCACCGGCAGAGAAAAUCGUUUUGGGUGUACCAUUUUAUGGGCGAACAUUCAAAACUCCCUAUGAUGGAAAUAUUGAUGAUGAAACUGAUGGCACUGCCUUUCAGGGGCCUUAUACGCGUGAAGAUGGCUUCUUGGGGUACAAUGAAAUUUGCCAGAUUUUGAAGAACAAAACUUCUGGCUGGACGACUUUGUGGGAUCCGGAAACAUCUCAAGUACUGGCCCGUUCCGAAAAGGAUGUCUUCACGGGUCUUGUACAGGCUGUUACCUUUGACAACUCCCGCUCCAUAGCUAACAAGGUGAAAUUCGCCAUGGAUCGUAAAUUGGCUGGCAUUAUGAUUUGGUCUAUUGACACCGAUGACUUUCUGGGUGAAUGUGAAAUUGAAGAAGACAUCUACGAAGAUUACAGGCAUUUGAAACAUUCCGGUCUGCGUCUUCCCAGCAGGUUACACAACAAUUACCCUUUGCUGAGGACCAUCAAUGAAGCUAUGCCGCUAGCCAUUGAGGAGAUCAAGAAUAAACAUCACCAUCCCGAGGAGAUGGAAGAUCAUGAUGACCAUCAUGUGGAAGACAACGAGAUACCCCACGGCUCUGUGGAAGAUCGUAAGGGUGAAAGUAAUACGGCACUCCGAUGCAUUCACAAUUCACUUUUCACUGUUCUUUUGUUACUUGUUGCUAUCGAUAGAUUUUUCUAAGUAAAUGUUUUGCCUUCCUGUAAAACUUGGUUAUCAUUUGCUUUGGACUUUUCAAUCUCAUUUAAAAUCAUUUCAUUGUUAAUAAGUGAUUGAAAUUAAUGAAAUUUUUUGCUCUAAUAUGUCAUCAGUUUAAGAUAGUUUUUAAAAA